UGCCAGCUACUUCCGGAUGCGUGAUAGCACGUGAUCAUUAUAAAUUUACAUCCAUCGUUUCGCAGUUUUCUUGAUGCGCCAGCGCGUUGUGGAAAUCGUAGAGGUUAAACCGACGCAAAAAUGGCAGAGGCUGACCGACCAGGGAAGCUUUUCAUCGGAGGCCUGGACACUGAAACUGACGAAAAGGCCCUUGAAAAGUAUUUCAGCAAAUAUGGCAGAAUAGUAGAAGUUCUGUUGAUGAAAGAUCGGGAAACAAACAAAUCAAGAGGUUUUGCUUUUGUGACCUUUGAGAGUCCUGCAGAUGCAAAGGAUGCUGCACGUGAAAUGAAUGGGAAGUCGCUUGAUGGUAAGCCAAUCAAGGUUGAACAAGCUACGAAACCUACUUUUGGACGCGGCCCACCACCGAUGCAUCCACGCAGCCGUGGUCCCCCUAGAGGCCUUCGKGGAUCUAGAGGAGCACCAAGCGGUAUGAGGGGUCCCCCAUCCAGAGACUACUAUGAUAACGUAGGAAUUGUAGAACCCUUUUUCAAAGGGAUUUCAUCCAGAGGCCCCCCACCACUGAAGAGAGGACCUCCGAUUCGUAACGGAGGCCCCCCACCCAAGAGACAUGCUUCCUCUCCUAUGGGUAGAACUCCCAUGUCCAGGGACAGGGACCCCUAUGGCCCACCCCCUCCCCGCAGAGAGUCGAUGUCCAGAAGGGAUGAUUACCCAUCACCAAGGGAUGACUAUUACAGCACAAAGGACAGCUAUUCUAGCCGGGACUAUACGAGUUCCAGGGAUACAAGGGACUACGCACCACCACCAAGGGAUUAUCCCCAAUCCAGUUCUCGUGAUGACUAUGGGUCAAUGUCCAGGGGCUACAGUGAGCGUGAUGGUUAUGGUGGAGGCCGGGAACCCAAAAGCUAUAUGGAGCGCCCUAGUGCAGCUGCCUAUCGAGAGCCCUACGGUGGUUACGGUAACUCACGCAGCGCCCCACCCUCAAGAGCCCCCCAACCAUCCUACAAUGGCAGUGGCGGAAGCAGUCGCUAUGACGACUAUGGCAGCAGUUCCCGGGAUGGCUAUGGCGGUCGUGAAAGUUACCCCAGCAGUCGAAGUGACCCAUACCCCCCUAGCCGUGGUGAGCGAAUGGGCAGGCAGGAGCGGGGGCCAGCGCCCCCAAUCGAGAGAGGCUACCCUCCUCGUGACGCGUACAGUGGCUCAAGUCGUGGAGCACCCCGUGGUGGCCGCGGAGGCACCAGAGUCGAUAGAGGAAUUGCCCGGAGCAGAUACUGAGAUGGACUUGGACAUGACAUCAAAGCGACCGCUACGUAAUGCGUGUUCAUUCACUACUUAUAUAAGUGGGUGGAAAGUUGGAGAGGGCAAAAAAACUAGGAUGUGAAAUUCCAUGGACAAGCAUAGGUUUUGAGAUGUUUAUCUUCAGGCUGUCAAUUUAUUUUUGUUUUAAGUGUUAAAAUUACUUUUAUUUCCCCAGCCCAUGUGAUAUCAUUGCCAAGUGAUGCGUGUUUAGUUUUUGUACAUUUAGUGCUGUUAAGUCCUGCUAUGCCCUUGGAUAUGGCUUUCGUAUACUAAUAAAGUUUUUAACCAAAGUUCUUUACCAACA